AAGACGAAGAGGGCGAAGGGCGCGCUUCACCACCGGGGGGCGGGAAGCAGCGAGCCGAGGCCUCCGCCAUGGACGCCGGCGCACCGCGGGAGCCCCGGGAGGACGAGUUCCGCCUGCUGGACGUCGGGCCGCUGCAGCGGAUCACCGGCGAACGCCUGAACCCGCCAUGGUGGCACCGGCGGACGCGGCUGGAGCGGGCCCUGUGCGGCGUCGCCUCGACGGCCCUGCUCAUGUUCUUCGCCAUGGCGGCCGCGCUGGCGGUGCUCGGCUACCACUACCAGCGAGGACUCGAUUACGGCGGACUACGGCUUGGCAUCCUACCGGGCCGAGCAGCACGGCCGGGCGUGGCGCUGCCGUCGCAGGCCGACCGGCUGAUGGGCGCCGGCGAGGACGCCAAGCUGUGCCUGUCGCCCGGCUGCGUGCAGGCCGCCUCGGCGCUGCUGCAGAACAUGAAUCAGAGCGUGGACCCGUGCGAGAACUUCUACGAGUUUGCUUGCGGGGGCUGGGUGCAGAAGCACACCAUCCCCGACGACAAGUCCUCGCUGUCGCAGUUCUCCCUCAUCCAGGACCAGCUGGACGCCAAGCUGCGCACGCUCGUUGAAGAACCCGUGCGAGCGGGGAACGAGCCGCGCUUCGUGCAGAAGAUGAAGUACAUGUACCAGUCCUGUCUGAACACGACCCUCAUCGACUCGAUGGCCGAGGCUCCGCUGAAGCGAGUACUGAGCGAGCUGGGCGGCUGGCCCGUGGUCGAGGGCGCCGCCUGGAAUGCGUCGCGCUUCCACUGGCUGGACGCGCUGAUACAGUACCGGGGCUUCGGCUACAGCCACGACAUUCUGCUCGACCUGUCGGUCAUCCCGGACUUUCGCAACAACACGCGCUACAUCAUCGACCUGGACCAGACGUCGCUGGGCCUCCCCGACCGCACGUACCUGCUGCGCGGCCUCAACGACAGCGCGGUGGCCGCUUACCUCCGGCUCAUGGUGGACGCCGCGCAGCUACUCGGCGCCACGGACCGGCAGGCCACCGAGAGGGAGCUCAAGGACGCGCUGCUUUUCGAGAUCACGCUCGCCAACUACUCGACACCGCGCGAAGAGCGGCGCAACAUCAGCAAGCUGUACAAUAAGAUGCCGCUGAGCGACCUCAAGAAGCUGGCUCCAAAAAUCGACUGGGACCGCUACUUCAACUCGCUGCUCGUCGACCCGGUGUCCGCCGACGAGCCGAUCAACGUGGUGGUGCCCGAGUUCGUGCAGCGGUUCGAGAGCCUGCUGGAGACGACGCCCGCGCGCACCCUGGCCAACUACAUGGUGUGGCGCGUGGUGCUGCAGUCGUACGCCAGCCUGGGCAAGCCGUGGCGCGAGCGGCUGCAGGAGUUCAACGGCGUGCUCACGGGCAAGACGCGCGAGACGGCGCGCUGGGAGCAGUGCAUGGGCUCGCUCACGGGCUCGCUGGGCAUCGCGCUGUCGUCGCUGUACGUGCGCAACUUCUUCCAGGAGGACGCCAAGGGCGCCGCCCUGGACAUGGUGCAGUUCAUCGUGCGCGAGUUCCUCGCCAUCCUCGACGGCAUCGACUGGAUGGACGAGCAGACGCGGCAGCGCGCGCGGGCCAAGGCGCAGGCCAUCCGGCCCUACAUCGGCUACCCGGACGAGCUGCUCAACGACGCGCUCGUCGAGGAACACUACGCCAAGGUGGAGCUGCUGCCGGACAACUACUUCGAGAACAUCAUGCGCCUGCGCAAGUGGUCCACAGACUACGCGUUCGGGCAGCUGCGCAAGCCGCACAUCAAGGGAGAAUGGAAGAAGCAUGCCCAGGUGGCUGUGGUGAACGCCUACUACAACAGCCUGGAGAAUUGCAUCGAGUUUCCCGCCGGCAUCUUGCAGGGCGCCUUCUUCUCCAAGGAUCGGCCAAACUACAUGAACUACGGUGCCAUUGGGUUCGUCAUAGGACACGAAAUAACGCAUGGCUUUGAUGACAGAGGGCGCCAGUUCGACAAGGACGGCAACAACGUGAACUGGUGGGAGCACGAGACGGAUCAGCGGUUCCGCGAGAGGGCGCAGUGCAUCAUCGACCAGUACGGAAAUUACACCGUCGCCAAGGGCACCAUGAAGGUGAAUGGCGUCAACACGCAGGGCGAGAACAUUGCGGACAACGGAGGCAUCAAGGAGGCAUUUAUGGCCUACCAGCGCUGGGUGAAGGAGAACGGUCCGGAGGCGGGUCUUCCGGGCUUGCGCUACACGCCGCGUCAACUCUUCUGGAUCAGCGCUGCAAACGUAUGGUGCGGGAAGUACCGACCAGAGGCAAUGAAGCUCCGGAUCAUGUCCGGAUCGCACAGCCCACCGUCAUACAGGGUCAUCGGUCCCAUGUCGAACACGCCCGAGUUCGCCCAGGAGUUCAACUGUCCGCCGGGAUCCUCCAUGAACCCCACCAAGAAGUGCACCGUCUGGUGAUCGCGCCGCCAGACCGUGCGCUGCCGACGCCGUGGCACCGUCUCCGGGAACAGUGCUGUGCGAGAGGACACUAUCCGGACCCGCGGUGCUCGGCUCCAAAUUGGGCCGCCAAACUGUGUGUGCGUGUACCGCGCACAAGGCGGUCGGCACGAAAACAAGCAGUGCGAACAAGAAAUAUACCAUCCGUGUUGUGUGCGUGUGUUUCACGUUAAGGUCGCUGCUACGGCGAAAGGUCCAGUCGCUCGCGCUAGAUGUCGCGUUACAGGGUAACUGAGAGCAAGCACGUGUGUUUGUAGCAUCGGCUGUCGCGGUGAAUGGAAACGCAAGCUUGCUAGUUUAAAUGCUCUCAGGUGCAUACAUCUGGCCGGCUGUUGGAAAUUUUAUGGCUGAGCAGCUCAUCUCGUACACAAUGAAAUACACUACAUUGCAUUGUAUCUGUUUACACUAUUGGUGCUGUCUGUAUUCGCUAUGUGCGUUUAUUUACACUUUUGGUAUCUUUGAAUAGAAAACGCCACAACCAAAUUGGAAUGAAAAGGGUGGGCGGAGAAAGCGGGGCGGGGUGCGCCGAGAUGACUGUUGACAACAGCCAAAUUCCCGUCCGCAGCAGUAUCACUAGUUUCACGAUGCAUUUUGGCACUUCCGUGCAGCGACAAGUCAUUUCGACUCUAGUCGUUAACGUCGUUUCAGUCUUUUCAUCGAGCUCCCGAGGCGGCCCUUGUCGAUCGCUGUUUGGUGACAGACCCGCUGGAUUCUUUCCACCAUGGCUGGUAGUCUUACCUUGCCCUUAGCUGUUGAAGGCGGAGCCACUAAUGUGCAUUCGAGCUACUAUGUAAGGACUAUAAUUGAUGCAAUACGUGACAACCACUGUGUCGCGCGUCUCACGAAGUCUGCGUUAGGUACUCUUGCUUUCUCAGCCACACUGUGACUUCGAAGACCUCUGCCAGCCAUGUUUCCUGAUCAGCAAGACGACUCCUGCCAGAUCCAAUGUUUAGAGCGUUACGGAAUGCAUCGCUCAGGGAAACGUAAGCUCUCAAGUAUGGGUUGUCGGCCCUUUCUCGAAUGAAGGCAGCUAUUGUGACUUCAGUUACCAAAUCGGGCUUCGUUUGCCUUCCAGCUCUCUAUUGGCAUUGUGUUCUAUAUGAGAAAAAGCUCCAAGCCUCUGGCAAUGCUUAAACCUUGUAUCGUACGCCCAUUUAGGUAUUGCACUACGGUCACAUAAAGCGAACGAGCGCAAUCGGUUGUGUACUGUGUGAAGGGUGCGUUGUACCGUAGCAGCGCAACACUACCUUUAAUUCGGUGCGAUAUAGAAAUGUGGGAAUGUACAAAAUUACCAAUACAUAUAUAAUAGUCUCUCACAUAGUUUCGAAAAACCACGCCGAUUUGUAAGCCAAACUUUGACUCAGUGAAACAUUUUUGCGUUAUAUCGCGCCGUAAUCUUAGCAACGGGGCUUUCAUCUUAGUAAUUCUGUUGAUUUGUUGUCUGAGUUUGCACGAAAUAUUAUUUUGAUGCCUAGGUUACUCUCACCAUGUUUGCAUCGCUAAAGUCAUGCCUUCUUUUUCGUUCUUUAAACACUGCAAAUUAUGUGGUAUUUGUGUCGAUAUCAGCCAGGUCUUGCUGAAUAUUUCCAUUCCAUUAAAGCUUUCAAUACUCGUGCGUGAGAUGAACGAAGAAUAAAAUGAUUAGGUCGUCUGAAA